AAAUGCUGACACGUCGAGCUCAAAAGGUUCGCCAUUACUGACCUCGUCAGUCCAGCACUGCUCUGCACCACACACACUCAAAUUUAAGUAAGGGGAUGGGCCCUUUCCCCCUUUUUUAUUUAAGUAUAACUUCCACACAGUAGAGGGCAUGAAGUGUACUAAUCUUAAGUACACAAAUUUAAUGGAUUUUUACAUAUGUUUAACUCAGUGUAACCACCAGUAACUAGAUAUAAAAUCUCCCAGAAAAACCUGUGUGUCCAUGAGGCAUGAGAAGACUUGAACUCAAGCCUCAGUUGGACAGCAGUGUAUCUGAGCCUUCAUCUCAGAGCCUUGGCUGGAGAACGCUUCAUCCAGGAACCUGCUGACUGCUGAGUGGCUCAGAGGUUCACAUUCUGCAGAAUCAGCCUUGCCUGAGCCCUUCAGUAAACUACACUUGUGCUCACACACACACACACACACACACUUACUAAAUAUUUAUGGAAUUUCAGGUCCUGACUUGGUGGAGUAUACAAAGGUAAAGAAGCCAUAGUCCUUGCCUUUCUGGGAGGUAGCCAGUGUCGCUGCAGCCCAGAGACCCCUCAGCUCACCUUUGACUUUUAUAGAUGUGAUUGGCAGCAGCUACCAUACUCCUUUGUACCUUCCUUUUCUCAGAAAAUCCUAGCUCUGCCCUCCCUUGUCCUGGGCACCGCUCACUCACCUGAAGUUAGGGUGCGUCAGGGGUCAUCGCUGCUCUGGUCAGCUCAGCCAGGGCCUCUAGAGCUGCCAGUGCUUGGGAAGUAGGCCCAUUGCUGUGGGAUGAGGAGGAUAUGGGCUAUGCGGUCUGGAGAGAAUGCUACUAGGAGGUGAGUUGAUUACCAGCCUCAGGGCUACAAAGCAGGACUUUAUAAGGAGGAAGCGGACUGAUGGUUUAUGGUCUGUGAAAAAAGCAGUGAGUUUAGCAGGCUCCGGUGAAAGGAAGGAAGGAUGGCAUGGUUUUAAGAAGAGGAAGAAAAUCCUUGUCCAAAGAGUGGCCAAGAUGGUGUCAGGUGACCUCCACCCCCACCGUCUCAGAGGAGAGGACUGACAGACAGCAGCCCAGAGGAGAGCUCUGUGGAUUUCCUGAUUCCAGGUGAUGGGUGGGGUUGGGCUGGGCUCCAGUCCCUCUAACCCAAUGGUUCCAUGAGUCUGUGAUGUCACUGAAGAGAGAAGAGAGGGUAGCGGGGCUCAGCUGCAGAUGCCCCAGUGCCUCUCUCCUUAGAUUCGGAUAGUUUGGGGGAUGAGGGGCGGUGAGCUGAGGGAGCACACAGCAGAGCAUCUUUUACAAAGCUGGCCAGAAGAACAAUGAAAACAGCCUUUAGUUCUUCUGUUUCUAGAAAACUUAAAGAACAAGAGAUCGACAUUCAAACUGAACUGAAAAGGAAUAUUUGGACAAACCGUGAUUGCGAGAGUGGAUAAGUCUCUAGCUGAGCCUAUGAGCUCUGACACCAUAGCAAUCAUCUUCGUCAUCCUCCUCCUCAUUUGCUUUACUUCCAUCCUCUUUUUAUUGAUGCUGUUUUUAUAUAAAUGUUUCCAAAGCAGGAAAACUGAAGAGACAGAAAACGGUCCUUGUGAAGAUUGUUUAACUGAUAAUGUGCAGACAAGCAAACCAGGAGACCAAGAAAAUAAUCUAAAGCAAAUCAUGAGGCCUGGCAUCCUUGUCCACAGACUGAGUAAAGAAAUGGUGGCUGCAUACUUGAAAAACAACGAGGACAUAGAGGGCAGAGUGGAGGAGAACAGUCCAAAGGACGCUGAUUUGCAAGGAGCACACAUAUCUGUCACUGGAACCCCUUCAGUUACUGACAUCAGCAAAAGACCUUUAAAAGAAGUGACGUUUUCUAGGGAGGUGAUUGUUGUGGAUCUCGGGGAGAAACACCCUGCACCGCAAAGCCAUAUUCAAGAACAUAAAGAGAGAAAAUGAAGGUCAGAAAAGGCUGAGAGUGAAAGCAAUGUAACUUGAGACUAGCAGUGCAAUGACUGGGGGUAUGAAAUCAUGUUGAAACGGCAAAAUAAUGGAGAAUUAAGCAACUACAAAUAACAUUUUAUCUUUGUGCAGAAAGAAGUGGGCUACAUGCAAAAUUCUGUAAGCAAAAUACCCAGAACUUGAAUAUAAUGUGUGUGUUUUUAAACACAAAUCCGAGUUCAAGAAAUUGAUUAUAUUAAGUGUCCUUGCAACUCAGUCUACUCAAACACUGCCUAACCUAUGAAUAAAGUUACUUUGUGCAGUUAUCUUAGGUGAAUGGUAUUCAAAGUAACGUUGGAAACAGCACAUGUCCUUGAUGACCAUGGACAUUCAUGGCCAAAACCGUUCCCACCAUCAUCAAGGAAACCUCCAAUAACUAGGUCUAGAAUCCCUUACCAUACAAUCCCUACUGCACUCAGUUCUGAAACCGUUCUUGU